UAUACGUCUACAGAUUCAAUAUGGGUUGUGUCGUUGUUAUGUUUAUAAAUUCGAUUGUUUUAGUCUGUUUAUUUCUUGAAGGAUGUGAAUCGAUUUCAGAGGAAAGAUUUUUGAAACUUGAGAAAAUAGUCGAAAAUCAGAAUUCGCGAAUCUCCGAUAUGGAAAACAUAAUUAACGAACAAGAAGUGCAUAUUAAACUAAUGAAUGGGCGAUUUAAACAUCUGGAGACUAAACUGAAGAAACAUAAACUGAACUGUUAUAAACCCGAUUUAUGUAGCUGUAAGGCGCUUGGUUUCCCGGUGAGACAUUCAGUUAACCAGAAUAACGACAACAAAAUAAAGGAAAAACACAAUAAUGAACAAACCGAACCAGUUGUGAGGAAUAAAUAUGAUGUUAAUACAAGAAAACGACUUCUCCUCCAACCUACUAUGAUGCAAAGUUCACAAAUAGGGUUUUAUGCGUAUAUGAGUCAAAACGAAAACAGUCUAAGUAAGCAUCAUACUCUAAUUUUCGAUGUUCAGAAAACCAACGUUGGAAAUGGCUACAAUCCCUUUUCUGGUCUCUUCACAUCUCCACAAGACGGUCUCUAUACGUUUGCAACCAGUAUUACAAUGAUUCAUCAUUAUGCAUCGUUUGAACUCGUAAAAAACGCCGACGUACAAGGAUCAUUCUUCGUUGAUGCGUCAGGAGAAAGUGAAUUUAGGUCUUCUUCAUCGAUUAUUGUCUUAGCACUAGUCAAAGGGGAUGUAGUAUUCGUCCGAACCAGUACAACAUACGUACCUCAUGGGGAUAUACACAGCUCUAAGGAUGCAAGAUCGUCAUUUACCGGCUGGCUUAUUCAAUAA